AUGAGGAGGCUCUUCCUGGUCACCUGCCUGGUGACUGUGCUGCUGCAGGAGGUCCUUGCAAACCCAGCACCCCAGGUCCCUAUCAGGACCAAAGGCAAACAUGAGCAGGACGUGGAGAGGGCCUGGGGCAUCCAAGCUGUAGAGCCUCUGAAGAAGGAUGGUCAGUUGGUGGGGCUGCCCCCAAUGCCGAAGCUGAAGCUUGCAGCCUCCGAGGAGAAGCACCCAGGCCCCAAAGCAUGGGUGCAGACUGAGGACAUCCUGGGCCGUUUUCGGAUCCCACAGCAGGGUCCUGAGCUGGAUCUUGAUAGUCUGUACCACCCUCCAGUGGAGGAGGUCCAGGGCAAAGAAAGGCCCUGGUCCCCAGUGCUGCUGCCUCGCCAGGUGCUCGAGGGACCAGAGGAAGACCUAGACCACAUCCACCACCCUAUGGAGGACUCCAGGGAACCCUGACUGCUCUCCCACCUCUGCCUGAAGUCCACCUGCUGCCUCUGCUAAUCCUUCCCAGCUAGAA